AUGUACCUCUCAGGUGGUGAAGUGAUGGAAGUGGACAUGGCCGUGGAUACAGCGGAAGCAGUGGACGGGCGCCAGGAACGACGAGCAAGGAGCAUGGCCCGUGGCCUUCGUCCUUGGCUAUGGGCGAGCGAUGGUCGGCCUCCCGAGCGAUGGACGUGUCCGUAAGGCGCCGGUGCGGCGGGGAAAAGGUCACUGGGGGAGGGGUGAAUGGAUCCCGUGGAUGAAUCCCAGCAUCCCAUUCACCCUCUUCAUCCUCCGAGCCUGAGCCCAGACCCAUUAGUGUCCAGGGCCGAUAGCCUGGGUUGCUUGCACAUCGUAAAUAGCAAUUUUAUGCUCGGCACUUCCCCCCCCUCUAUGAUCGAUUUCUCGUAGACGAUGACUGUAUGUAUGUGUAUGUGUCUGUGUCUGUAUCUGUUGAGCUCUCUUGCUCCGCUGGUUGUUUCGGGAGCUUCUGACAUUUGCAUCCAAGCCUCGAAGCCCAAUGGCCAGUCAGUUUGUUACUUAGUUCGCGAUGUACGUAUAACAGGCACAGAGAAAAGUUGCACGACAUAGGAGCAUCUCUGUGAGUAGGGUUAUGCAGGCGACGAAGCCUACACCAGAAAAUGUCCAAAGGAACGUCGCCUUUGUUGGUACAACGCCUCGCCCGUUCCCCAACACAAGUGGACUCGUGCCUUGGUCUCUCGCCGGACGAGGGGUGGCUUCAUUUGGCCUGAGUGCCUCUCCUCUGGUUUCCUUGGUCGACAGAAGAAUAAAUUGUCAGGAUCUCGCCAGCCUUGUGGCCGCCUCUUCUUUAUCUCCUCACCUCAUCCCCCUUCUCCGUGAUCUCU